GAACAUUUAGGACACUGGAGUCAGGGUCUAAAGAGCUCCAUGCAAGAUCCAAAAAUGCAGGUUUACAAAGACGAAAAGACUGUAGUCAUCAAGGAUAAAUAUCCCAAAGCACGUUACCACUGGCUUAUCUUACCAUGGGACCCCAUUUCAAGCCUGAAGUCUGUCACCAGGGACCAUCUUGAACUCCUGGAACAUAUGCAUGCAGUUGGGCAACAAAUGAUCGAACAGUGCCCUGCCAGAGAGAGUUUGGAGUUCAGACUGGGUUACCAUGCUAUCCCCAGUAUGAGUCAGCUACAUCUGCAUGUAAUCAGCCAGGAUUUUGAUUCUCUGGCCCUGAAAACCAAAAAGCACUGGAACUCUUUUACUACAGAUUACUUCAUAAACUCUCAAGAUGUGAUAGAGAUGGUAAGAAGCAAGGGAAAAGUGAUGGUGAAAGACCAUGUCUCUGAACUUCUCAAAUUGCCCCUCAGAUGCCAUCGUUGUAAACAACAGCUGUCCACUAUCCCACAGCUAAAGGAACAUCUGAGAAACCACUGGCCAAAAUGACUUUGCAAAAAAUCGUCUUACAAUCUGUCUUCAGAUUUCAGGCUAAAACAAAGACCUCAAAGUGUUAGUGGACAUGUAUGUUUUUUGUUAACUGAAAUGACAAAUGUGAUACAGGAGAAAGUAGCCUGGAAACAGCAGCAUACUAACCUUGCAAUAGCUUAGACAAAAAAAACCUAACC